AUGGGUUUAAUCUCCCAUAAAGCAUGUAUGUUUGUUUUGGUAUUUGCUUUGGUCACUCAUUUUACUGAUGGAGGUGGUGGUGACAUCGGUUGGAUUGGAGGUGGAGUUGGAGACAUUACUGGAGAAAUAGGCGGUGGAUUUGGCGAUGCUGGCCAAGCUGGAAGGGGAGGAGGAUUUAGCGGCAGUAUAGGAGUUGGUGAUGCUAGCGAAGCUGGAGGGGGAGCAGGAGGAUUUGGCGGCAGUGUAGCAUUUGGUGGUGGUCCCAGAGGUGUUUCUGGUGGAGAAGCAGACGGUUCAGCAGGUGGAAAGGUAGGGGCGAUGGAGGUCGCUGAGGGUUUCUUAUGUGCAAUGACGAGGAGCUACGAAUCUCAUGCAUAUGUUAUCAUUUACAAGUAA